GGCUGCGGUCCGGAGGCGCGUGGGACGGGCGGGGCAGUCUGUGGCUCUUGCAGUGCCCGUGGCUGGGUCUGUUCGCUGGACGCCGGCCAGGGAUGCUUCCGCCGGACCGCUGUGUGGGUCUUGGGUUGUGGCGGAGGGAUGGCGAAUGUGCAGGUGGCCGUGAGGGUCCGGCCUCUCAGCCAGCGGGAGACCAAAGAAGGGGGAAGAAUUAUUGUGGAAGUUGAUGACAAAGUGGCAAAAAUCAGGAAUGUAAAGGUGGACAGUCGACCAGAGAGCUUUGGAGACACCCGGGAGAAGGUUGUGGCAUUUGGCUUUGAUUACUGCUAUUGGUCAGUCAACCCAGAGGACCCUCACUAUGCAUCUCAGGAAGCGGUGUUCCAGGACUUGGGGACUGAGGUACUGUCUGGAGCAGCCAAAGGCUACAACAUAUGUCUCUUUGCCUAUGGGCAGACAGGCACUGGGAAGACAUACACCAUGCUGGGGACUCCAGCCUCUGUUGGGCUGACUCCAAGGAUAUGUGAGGGUCUCUUCAUCAGGGAGGAUGACUGUGCCUUGCUCCCUUAUUCCCGUAGCAUAAAAGUAAGCUUCUUGGAAAUCUACAAUGAACGGGUGAGAGAUCUUUUGAAGCAAUCCAAUCAAAAUAAGUCUUAUACCUUAAGAGUCAGGGAGCACCCAGAGAUGGGGCCCUACGUUCAAGGUCUGUCUCAGCAUGUUGUUACCAACUAUCAGCAAGUUAUCCAGCUCCUGGAGGCGGGGAUAGCAAACAGGAUCACAGCAGCCACCCAUGUUCACGAGGCCAGCAGCAGGUCCCAUGCCAUCUUCACUAUCCACUACACGCAGGCAAUCCUACAGAACAACCUCCCCUCAGAGACUGCCAGCAAGAUCAAUCUUGUGGACCUAGCAGGCAGUGAGAGAGCUGAUCCCAGUUACUGUAAGGACCGGAUUACUGAAGGCGCCAAUAUCAACAAGUCCCUUGUGACUCUGGGAAUUGUAAUCUCCACUUUAGCCCAGAACUCACAAGUGUUCAGCAGUUGCCAGAGCCUCAGUAGUGCAGCCAGCAGUGGGAGUGACAGUGGGAUUCCCAGCACCACAUCUGGGACCAGCAGCGGAGGGGGACCUGCGAGGAGGCAGUCUUACAUCCCAUACCGGGACUCUGUGCUGACCUGGCUGCUGAAGGAGAGCCUUGGAGGCAACUCCAAAACCAUCAUGGUUGCCACUGUGUCCCCUGCACAUACCAGCUACAGUGAGACCAUGAGUACAAUGAGAUACGCAUCCAGUGCCAAAAGCAUCAUCAACAAGCCACGGGUGAAUGAGGAUGCGAAUGUGAAGCUCAUCCGAGAACUCAGGGAAGAGAUUGAGAGGUUGAAAGCCAUGCUGCUGAACUUUGAACUGAGGAACUUCAGCUCACUGAAUGAUGAUCUGGAUGAGAACCUGCAGGAGUUUGUCUUCCAGAAUGAUUUGAAGAUAGACACGCUGACUCAAUCCUGGACGCAGAAGCAGGAUGACCGGCAGGCACUCAUAGAACAUUAUGGUGUGGACAUCAACAGGAAGAGGGCCAGGGUGGUCAUCGACUCCAGCCUGCCACAUCUGAUGGCUUUGGAGGAUGAUGUGCUCAGCACAGGCGUCGUGCUUUAUCAUCUCAAGGAAGGGACAACAAAAAUAGGAAGGAUCGAUUCAGACGAGGAGCAGGAUAUUGUCCUUCAGGGCCAGUGGAUUGAGAGAGACCACUGCACGAUCACUAGCACUUGUGGUGUGGUCAUUCUCCGACCUACCCAAGGGGCACGCUGUACAGUCAAUGGCCGUGAGGUCACUGCUUCCUGCCGUCUGACACAAGGAGCCGUCAUAACACUGGGGAAAGCCCAGAAGUUCCGAUUUAACCACCCAGCUGAGGCCGCUGUGCUGCGGCACCAAAGGCUCAAGGUUGGAGAGGCUCUUGGCAGCAGUGGCUCUUUGGAAUGGCUGGACUUGGAUGGAGAUGUCAGUGCCUUGAGACUGGGUCUCUGUCCUGUGCUCAGAAAGGAGAGGAGAGUGCUAGAAGAGCAGUGUGACAAGGACCAGCAGCCAUCAAGAAAUAGCGAGUUAACUUCCAGAGCCCAGACUGAGCAACAGCAGUGCCAUGUGGAAGCUCUGAAGCAGCAAGCCGAGGAAGGACAGAGUAGCGUCCAGGAGGAGCUAGAGCUGGGCCAGGCACAUAGCAGCUGGCAGAUAAAAGACAACCAGCAGUGUCUACUCAGAGAAGAGACCUGGCUAGCCAGCUUACAAGAGACGCAGCAAGAAGACGACUGUGGAGAAGAGAAAGAACUUGAGGCCUUUGUGGCACCUGAUGCUUGGCUUCCAACAGUUCCUCAGACUCCACCAUCCCCACUGGUCCAAAGCCAGAAGAGGGUGGUGCAGCCUCAGUGCUUACGUAGACAUACUUCUUGGGCUACAGUGUGGAACAUCAGGCAGAAAAAGGUAUCGUUCCAGCUGGAGAAAAUUAUUAAGAAGCGCAGGCUGCUGGAGGCCCAGAGGAGACUGGAGCAGCUCAGUGCACUUUUCUGGAGCCAGGAUGAUGGUGCUUCCAGGGCCCCAAGUUGGGCCUCUAGCUCUAACACAUCAGGCCCAGGUUCUCAGCGGAGAAGCAGAUGGACAGCUUGCAGCUCUCUGAGUCUCCAAAGGCUUGGCAGCCGACGCCUGCCCCAGCUACACAGUGCUUUCAUGAACUGGGAUCCUUCUACCAUGUCACCAUCUAUGCCUGACCUGACUCACCGAAUGCCAGAAAAAACCUUGUCAACAGAUACCAUUCCUCAGGCUACGGCUUGUUCUCCAAGGACAGGAUGCCUCCAUUCAUCACGGUGGAGGAAGUUCUCUCCAGCCAGGAGAGCCUCUACCCAAGGCGCCUGUCUCACUGUGAGCCACAAAUCUGUCCGUAGCCAAGAAAUUGAGUCAUUGGGUAAGCAGCCCUGUCAGAUGUCAUCCCAGGGCCAAUCAACUAAGAAACAAAAACCAAGGGAUGGUUCAGGGACCUUCACCCCUGCUGCCCAGACCAGAAGGGCUAAGGGACUAGUAGCCUCUGUCAACACACAAACUGGAUGGCAAGAAGAAGGGAGCUGUGGGACCUACAAGGCUCCUAAGGAAACUACUUUCCAUUCUAUGGAUCUCAGUGGACAGGCGCCAGCAGCUGGGCAUAGAAAAGUAGUCAAGGCUUUUCAGGCAGAAUCCAAACUACCUCCUCCAAGCAGGGCAUCAAAAAAGUAUCAGAGGGUGCUGGCAGCUAGGGCCAGAGACAUUGCCAAAAAGUUCUCUCAUUUGCCUCGUGGCAAUCCUUUUAAAAAACAAUCUAACGCAGGGGAUCCAGACAUACCAGCCUCCUUCACAGAUUCUAGAUCUAUAAAGGACCAUGGAAGGGAAGAGGACAAAGAUUUAUCUGACACUGAAAGCAGUUAUUCAGUGGAUUCUCUUUCUUAUAUCUAUGCCAAAAUCCCAAAGAAACUGCUGAAACCAGAGGACCUUCAGGGAAAAUGGGAUCUCCCUGAUCCAGAGAACUCUGAAAGUGACAACAGUCAAAUAUCUGAGGAUUCACUUGCUGGGAAAGGGCACCAAAGCCUUCCAGAAAACUCUAGAGGUGAAUAUUCCAUGGAAAACCAUGGACAUUCAAGGACUAGAACUUCAGUCGCUGUGCGGGGUCUCCCCAUGACCUCAGACAGUAGGUUACGUACUCAAACAUGCAGGAGCUUUUCCUUGGACAGCCUGAUUGAUCCUGACAAUAGGCAAGGGGUGCCUUUCCUUGGUUCUGCUGACGAGAUGCCUACAGAGACUUUUUGGCAUCUGCAGACUGCCACCCUAUCUGCAAUAGACCAGGAGGCAACAGAUAGCCCUAGCCCUAUCAACCAUAGAAUGGGACUUGGGGUAAAUGUUCUCCUGCCAAAAAGCAAUUCAUUUUACCUUGAUCCUCAGUCCCAGCCCCAUUGUGAGCAGCUUGAGUCACAAAUGGAGACAAGCUAUUCCGAACAAACCAACCCUCUCCGAGCCAUUCAACUUUCAAGAGAGAGCCCCCUGUUAUCUGUGGAUUCGUGGUUUUCUUGUGACUCUAAGGUCAAUCCCAGCAGCCCUUCAGGGGUCAUACAUUCUUUAUGUCCAAGUCCUGACAUACAUGAAAUUCAGUCCCAUGGUGAGAAGCCCAAACACUGGUUAAGUAUUGAAGAAGUAAAGCCACCAGGUACCUACAAACUUCCCCAAAGCAGUACUGAGCCACCCUGCAGUUCAGAUUUGUAUGCAACCUCUGCUUCUGAUACAUCCAAGCCCUCAGUUUGUGAAAGCCAAGAACUCCUUCAGCUAGGAGUUGAUGGAUUUUUUCAGGGCAGAGAAAUGCCUGACAUUACCAACCAGGGCAUCUCUGAAGAGUCCCACAAUUCUGGCAUGUCAAGUGUGCUGGCUCCCUCUACCACCUCAUUCACUCAUGUAUGUAGUAUUAAGAAGGACUGGGCUGCCCUUCAUCAAGAAUAUCUCCUUGAGCUCUCUGAUUCUGUUUUUGAAGCUGUAGGAGAGCCCAGGUCAGCUUUCCCUUUCUUGGAGGAAGACUCCCUGGCUGAAACUUCUGAUAAAGUAGACAUUCAGUUGUCAACUGGCCCUAGGUUAUCUAGAAAUUUAGAUUUCAGCUCCUUUCCCGUCCACCUAUCCAAAAUCAGGCACUUAAGAGCAGAGAAAGACCUUGAUAGGCUGAGUGCCAAUCCAGAAAGUGCUUCUGAUCUCUUCAGUACUGUUGAGAGGAUGAGUUAUAAUGGGUCAUACCCAGCAGACAUAAAGUCACUGACUUAUGGAUCUAUAAAUGCACAGGGCUAUACAGCAGGAAAUGUGAUACCAAGUUCUGUGACAGAAGCAUGGGAAGUCAAUCAGACCAGCAUGGAAGGAUGCCUUCAGGGUGGCAGUCAUUCUGCACUAAUAACUUCCUCUGGGCAGAAAAGGGAUUACCAGAAUCCUGACACCUUAGCCACUGAAGUAGACUAUUUACCUCAAGAUGGUGCUCUUCUCAGGAAAAAUAGUACAGUUCAACCAGGACUAUUAACUCACAACAGUCACCAGAACCCCCUGCUGGAAGAGAAGGCAGCUACCCAGCAGUGCACUGAGGAAUUAGCUGGAACACACAUAGAUGCCUGUUGUGCUUUCCCUUCAGGUCCAGAGCGGUUCCUGCACUCUCCCCCCUGGACCUCUUUCCCAUCUUCCCUGCAGCCGCCUCCCCUGGAAACCUUCUAUGUAACCAAAAGCAGGGAUGCCCUGACAGAAACUGCCUUAGAGAUUCCAGCCUGCAGAGAAGCCUGGGUGCCAUCCCCACCCCCUAGGGAAGCCUGGGGCUUUGGUCAUAGUCAUCAAGUCCCUCAGAAAGCUCACUGGAAAAAUAAUUUACCCAAGUUGUCCCAAGGUCAGAAUUCUAAAAUUGCUGCACCUCAGCAGACAACAACAAAAAGGCCAAUAGAUAUGAACACAGGGGAAGGUACUGAAGAACUGGGGAAACACUUCAGAAAUACUAGAGAGGAAGAAAAACACGGUUCUGCUUACUGUUUUGUUGCUCAGAACAGACAGCAUCUCCUUUCUACCAGACUCAAAGCUUGUGAGUGUGGAAAUCCCCUUGGAAUUUUAAAUAAGGAGUCUGGCCUCUCAGUCCACGAGGACAGAAAAGGGGCCUCCACGGGGCAUCACUGCAGCGUUGCCUUCAAUGGCUCUGAGUCAAAGACUUUGCUCUUCAUUUGUGAUUCCAAGGCAAGUGGAGAAGAACAGAGUGCACUCCUGCCACAGAUACAGUCCAGUGGUACGCACAGUCAGUCUCCUGGAGCCAAGUCUGAUUUCGUUGGCAAAAUCAUCAAUUUAGACCUGGAGAAGGUCAUACCAGAGGAAACUGCUGUUUACUUGAAAUCCAGAUCACUCCACUGUCUAAGCACCCCUGUGAUCAUGGCAGGAGGUGGGAGUCCAACCCACAGGUGGGAGGGGAGGAAUGAAACUGUGCUUCUUAGAGAAGUGAUUUCCGAAGACAUUCAAGAAGAGUUUAGUCUUCCAGGAACCCAGAAUACCUGUAAAAAAUGCCACCUAGUUAUGUGCUCUCAAGAAAGAAAGCCCACUGAAUGCAAGGCCCAAGAAAUACAGUCCAAAGAAGAACCUUUGGGAGAGAAACAGAAUAAAAGAGUUAAUAAUACCGAUGAAAUGGCUAGGCUGAUCAGGAGUGUAAUGCAGCUGGAAACUGGCAUCUUAGAAAUUGAAUCCAAGCAGAAUAAGAAUCUUCAUGCUUCCCACACACCAAGUACAGAGCUUAUGCUCCAGGACUUACAGUACAAGGAGAAGGCUGACCAUGACCCCAAGCUAGAAAGUUCUGAAGAACAUUUAUGCUUUGAGGAUCAGCUAUCUUUUCCAAUACAGAUAGAGGAUGAUAUCUUUGAAGACAGCAGAGAUAGAAAAAUAGAAGGUAACAACGCAAUUAGUAAUAAUACCCAGGUUCAGAAAAUCAUAGGAAACCCCUUCAGAUCAAGGGACUAUGUACAAACAAGGGGGUCUGGGAGUGAGCACUCAUCCCCACCGCCUGGAGCAGACAGACUUGCUAGGGACUCAUGCGAUUCUUUGGGGAAAGGCACAGCUCUCAGAAAGCCUAGCAACAUUUCCCUUCACUCUCCCAAAGCAUUAGCUAGAGCUCUGCCACCAUUGCAGCCCAGCAUAGAGAGAUCUGAGAAGGAUGAUGAGCAUCUAAAAGCAUCAGCUAAAUUCCAAGACCAGACUUGGACCUUGGAAAGUCUUGAGGAACUGGAGCGUAUGGAAAGUUUUCAGGAAAGCCAAAUUGUUGUAGUCCCAAGUGAUUCAGAAUUGGAGGAUGCAAAAACUCAAGGGGAAGUUGAAGAAAUGACUGUGGACAGGGAAGGAAACUUACAGGAAAAUGAGAUGGUCUCAUCAAUUCAGAAAAUUUCUAUUCCCAGCCAGCAACAGAAGGGCAUAUUUUUCAGCCAGGAGACUGUCUGCCCAUUCCAUAACCAGACAGGCUUCUCUGCAGCAAUUCCUUAUGUGGAGCUGAGUGGGACCCAAUCUGUGCAUUCUCUAAGCUUUCCAAGAAGCUGUUUGCAUGGCUCUAAUAACAAAGGUGUCUCUUCAUUUGAUUACAUAUUAGAACCUGUGAUGUUGAAAACUAAUAGAAAUUCUUUGGCAACUGGAGUAGGGGAUCAGGAUCACAGUGGAGAGACCAGAAGCAGUAGCCCACAGGAAAGUGUUUCAGGGGAUGUUUCCACCACACACACUCCCUUGGAUGGAUCUGUAAUGCCCAUGGUCAUGAGAGCUAAUGGUCAAUCUGUUACAUCAGACAGCAUUCUCCUAGGGAUAGAGGACUGGAUAACAGUAUGCAGUAGCUCCCAAGAUGACCAGGAAGGGGACUUCAGAGAUACUUCCACAAGCUCGACUACCCAGGAAGGUUUGGGUUGUGAGACUGAGGCAACUGUACGAAAAGAAAGAAAAACCAGUUCCUUGGACAGGGUCUCAAGGCAGACUGAAAAGAGAGUCAGUUUCCUCUUAAAACAAGAUAGUGACCAGGGUGAAGAGGAAAGGCAGAAAGCAGAGGAGAAGUCAGAAGACCAACAACUUCCUAACUCUGCUUGCUUAACACCCAUGUCUGUACUGAAGGGACCUGAUCCAAAGCCUCUGCUACUACCGGACUCCUCUAUCCAUGCAUCCAUAUGCCUGGCUAUCUUGGCAGAGAUCAGACAGGCCAAAGCACAGAGGAAGCAGCUUAAUAACUUUGUGGCUGAGGGGACAGUCCUUCCUUAUGAGACUUCACAAGACGCUGAGUGUUUUUCAGAGGCUGCUGGUAGGUCUCAGACACAAAAGGUUAAGUUAGGGUGGGAUAGCACCAGGAAUGAUGGUAAAGCACAAGGACUGCAUUUGGCGUCUCCAUCUGCUGUGUCUACAGACCUCUUUGCUGAUGAGAGGAAAGCUCAGGCCAGUGCAGGGAGCUUUCCUCAUCUGGCCAAGCCUGAAACUGACAGAGGAUCACAACAUCAUUUGCUGGAUUCCUCUCACAUUGUUUCAGAGCUAGAAAAAAGAUAUUGCACUGGAAAACCAAGGCAAUAUUGUGGUGCAAGUGGAUGGUCUGAUUCUUCUGACGUCAUAGAGAAAAGGAAAGAAACAUCUAGAACAGAGUCCUCUGUUGAUCCUUUGGUCUCAGACAGGCUUCUUUCUAUACCAGCUGCAGAGCAGGAUGGUAGGGUGGGAUCAGAGAAAGUGUCUGUCUUACCUUCUCAAACUUCUUGCGAUGGUCCUGGCAGGAUUCUGCAUGGGCAAGGUCAGUUGGCUGCAUGGGAAACUGUAGAGGGAAUUUCCUUUGGUGGGAAGGAUAGUAUCCUGGGUCAUCAGGAACCUCAAAGUCUAGAUAGCGCAUGUGGAAGAGGCUCAGGUGAGAUCUCAGUGAUCACCCAGAAGGGAAAAGCAGUCCAUUAUGAGUGUCAGUCUAUGAUUCAUACUGUUCAUAAUGCUGUAGACCUUUCUCAGCCUAAGCAAGACCAUGUUCAAUGCUUGGAUGCUUUUACUGGCUUAGAAGAAAUGAAGGCAAGUCCAAAGUCAUGUGUUGUUGAGCCUGAAGCUCUAAGAAAAGUUGAAGCGGAAGCUAACAUACGGCAUCCUGUCAAGUGGGAAAAUGUUGACUCUGGUCUUACAGAAACAUGUGGGGCUGACAGCAAAAAUCCAUGGUCAACUCCAUUUCUAGAUCAGAGACCAAGCCUGAAUUCCAGUGGGGUUAGAGAAGAGGCUCCAGGUCCAUGCCCAAAAGAGUGCCUUGUCUUCGAGAGGAGCACUGGAGGCAGCAGGCCACUUGGCUCAUCUUAUGAGGAGGCAGAGAAGAGAACUAUUCCUUGUCUUCACCCAUGUGGUUCUCAACCCACUGCUGCUGGUAACGCCUGCCGCUCUCAUUCCUCUACUCUGCCAUGUUACAGAGAUGGUGUCCUUAGGAAGGGGACCCCCUGGGCUGCUCCUCAUCCUGACCACUCACCUUUCACGGUACCAUGUAGGGUCUGGGAAGUGGAUGGAGCAGGAGUGAGUUUUUCCAAAGACUCUCAGGUGUCUUUGGCACAUGGCCUCAAACACAAAUGUGGGCCAGUAGACAACAGCAUUCCCAACCCACCCAUUAUAACUCCUGUCUCCUCUCCAUCUCAAAACUGCAGUUGCCUUUCUACUUCAGACAUGAGGGCAAAUUGUCUCACCCACACAGUUGCUAGGGGAAGAUCAGUGGAAGGUUCUGGGGAAGAGACUACAGGGAAGAAGGUCAGCACUGCUCCUGAGGAUGCUUAUCUAUCAAGUCCUGCAGGCAUGAGCUCUGAGCCACUGAGAACUUUGAACAACUCUGUGCAUGAGAAUACACAAGCAUCCCAAACCAUGCCAGAACCUCCUGUGGUAACUCAGAGACCACAUACCCUAAAUUCAAAUGAAUCUGUUGACAGUAAGCUGGUGAUAGCAGCUCAGUUUGGACAUUUAGAAAAUACUAUCAGAUGCUGUUCAGAAAAGAUGCAACCUUCCACUAAUGUCAGGGGUCACGGUUGCUUGGCUCCCCAAGCCAAAUUUAUAGACAUUUUGAAACAUACCUGCCACCCUAAGAUUGAGACUUCAUGGGAAGAGGAAGAACAACAGAGAGACCAGGUCUCAGGAGAUGGCAAAGACCAUGCCCAGGUCAGAAAUCUAGUACUUUCUAACGUUGGUGGCUUUGAUGGCUGUCAGACUAGAGAUGGUAAAAGAGAGGAAAUAGUUGUAACCAAGUCGUCUGUAUCCCAGACUUUCUUUUCAGACUUUGAAGCCCAAACUGAACCAUCACAGCCUGAUGCCCAGACUCCUAACCAGCUCUGCUCUGACAGGGAGCAGAUGCCUCCCAGCCACAGGCACUUGCUUCCUGUGAUUGCAAUCUUCUCUGGCCCCAAGCAUACGAGGUACUCCCCUAGACCAAAGUUUACUGUGGUCAGCUCAUCUCGGUCUCUUCAAGAACUAAAUUUGAGUGUGGAACCUCCUUCCCCAACAUAUGAAGAUGCACAGGGGCCAAACAGCUUGUGGAGAUCACAUCUCAGUGGUCAUUCCUCUGAAAAGCCAGUAUCAACAUCUCUGAAGAUUCAGGAUUAUGGUCAGAAAGCUUCAUAUAACUUGAACAAUAGCCACAAUGAUCACAGGCCCUUGAACCCUGUCAUUCCUCCUUACCCAACAUCUUCCACUGUGUCAUGUAUGCCAACCCCUGAGUUCUUGACUACCUGGAUGCCUGGUGCUUUGGAACAGGCCCAUCAAGGAAAGACAGAUAAACUGAGUGUCCAGGGUAUGCCAGAGAAUUGGCAUUCUCAGGCAGACAAAGAAAUGGUACACUUUGGUUCUAGUGAAUUAAGUCCCUCUGUCCUGCCCUCAUGUCCACAGGAACCUGUACAUAUUGGUUGGAAGCAAUAUGUGUUUGGAAGUGCAGUUGAUGUCUCUUAUAGCCAGAAACCCCAAUGCCUAAUACAAUCAAAUAUGGCUCAGUGUUCUAGCAUGGACAGUGUCCUAGAAGGCAAGAAAUCUCCAUUUCCCUCUCAUCCCAAGACCGAUGCCCAAAUCCAGGAUUUGACAAACAUACCCAAUGACAUUGAGAAUGACCAAAGUUCAAAUGAGCUGCCUCUGGCUGGAGGAAGUGCCAUAGCUCAAGUAGAUGAGAUUGUACUACUCUGCCCACCAGAGUCAGGCUGUGCUGGGGGGGAGGCCAGUAUGAACAUCUUUGAGCAGGGAACACAGACCCUGGGCAGUAGGCUCCACUGGAAUUGCCCUGAUGCCUCUGUUCAGCCUGAUGCCAGGACAAUGUCAGACUCUGAGUUAGCCUCCUGGACCAACAUGCACAACCUGUCUGUCCAUCUUUCACAGCUUUUACACAGUACUUCAGAGCUGCUUGGGAGUCUUACACAGCCAAGUGUGGUCAUAAAGGAACAGAAUGUCAAGAAUGAAUCCCUAGACGAGGCCCAACAGGCCCUCAUGAUGGAUGGUUCUACUCAGACCACUGUGGAUGAGGGCAUCCAAACGGAUCUGGCCUUACCUCCUCUGGCCUUCCAGGGCCCAGAGGUCAAGUCUGAGGAAGUCAGUGUGAUUCUUGAAGUAAUAGACUCAGGUAUCACCACUGUGGCUCAAGACAAGGGAGAUGACCCAAUGGUGUUAAAGAAGAGAGAAGCAGAGGAAGCAGUGGAACCCCCAGAUCUCCAUGAAGGAAGCACCCAGGAUCAGCUGCAGAUCCCUCCUGUGCCCUCACAACACUUGAGGUUUCAGAAAGCUGAUCUUGGGCAGAACUUUACUUUCACGAGCUCCUCAGCUUCUCCUGAAGCUUCACUACCUCCAAGUCUGCAGCCAGAGGAAUCUCGCGUGAUGGUCAACCUGCCCAGAAUCUCCCACCACUCAGGGCUCUCCCUUGAUGCUUCCAAGUUCACCCAGGAGCCAAGUACCCAGAAAAGAUUGCGUGGUUCAAGUGCUGUGCUGGUGGAUAGGGCUUCCUCACCAAUCCUUACAUUUAGUGCCAGCAUCCAAGAGAUGAGCACCCCCUUAGCCUGUUUGACUCUAUCAGUUCCCUCUACUCAUCCUCUUGAAGACUUGCAGAAACUUGACAUCAAUCCAGAUCUUGCUGUUGGUGACCUAAGGCCUCCAAUGGAUAAUUCUCAAGCCACUGAUGAGUCUGGUGUCUCUCAGAGAGUUGAGUCUCUCGAUAGAGAAAGCAAGAGUCCCUUAGGAAAAAGCUCUGAGAGAUUAUUUCUUGAUUCUAGCUCUCCAUGCAGCCCACAGCAGAGCUCUAGUUUCUUAGGAACAGCACCUCAGCAGCUUCAGCCCAAGAGCACCACUGAAGACCAAAGCAAACUGCCAUCACCACCACCAAAGCACAAGAGCCCGAAGCUAGAUGACAGCUUUGUGUCUGAGAAGGCAGCUUCCAUAGAGCAUAGCCCACUAAAACCCAGUCAGUGGCAGGGUAGGGCAGCAAAUAAAGAUGGGAGCUCAGAGUUUAUGGUGGAGCCACAACCCAAUCUGGAUCGACCUUCUUCACAGAGAGGUCUUCAGCCCCUUAGCCCUGAUUCUACAGAGCUCCAGAGUCCUGCUGUAGACCCACCUCAGGCCUGCCAACCUCUGGAGACGCUCUCUUCUGGUCCAUGUACACAUAUGGUCCCUGGUCCCCAGCAUCACAACCUCAGGGACCUCCCAGUUCAUAAAAAUUUUAAUAACUGGUAUGGAGUUCAGGAUGGACCUUGUGGAGGUCUGCAUGUAGGUGAAAGCUUAGGGGUCACAUGUGACUCCAGUUCUGUCGGGACACAAAGGCAACCUUCUAACAAGUAUAGUCAGGACCAAGAGUGGCUUCAGUUGAAACAAAUCCCCUUACAAGCUGGAAUCCAGAAGCCUUCACUCAAUGUGGAACUCACAGAAGCAAAACUACACCAUGGCUUUGGGGAGACAGAUGCCCUGCUGAAGGUGCUGCAGAGUGGGACAGGGGAGGGGCUUGCUCCUGAAGAACCUGCUGUGUCUUCCUGUGAGGAGUUCUGCAAUAGGCAGAAAAAGACUAUUGAGAUCCUCAGGAGAGAGAGGGCUGAGCGACUUCAUAACUUUCGUCGGACACGAAGCCUCAGUCCCCAGAAACAACUCUGCUUCCUGCCCAGCAAGGAUCUCCCGACCUGGGAACUUAACUUGCCCAGCAGACGCAAAGAAUACCUACAGCAGCUGAGGAAGCAUGUUGUGGAGACCACUAGAAUCCCAGAACCAGCACCAAGAUUAGCUCGCCCUCCAUCUGACAUUGAGCUCAUGCUUCAAGAGUAUCGUCGGGCCCGUGAAGAGGCCAAGGUGGAGAUUGCCCAGGCUCGAGAUCGGCUCAAGGAGCGGACUAAACAAGAAAAGAUGAGAAUCCGCCAGCAGAUCAUCUCCCAGCUGCUAAAGGAAGAGGAGAAACUACAGACUCUAGCCAACUCUAACUCCCUGUACACCAGCUCCAAUGGAAGCAUAUCUUCUGGUGUCACGUCUGGUUACAACAGCAGCCCAGCCUUCUCAGGCCACCUGCAGUCCCUAGAGGUCUCGGAGGACUCUCAAAUGCCAAAUUCCCAAGAUACCUGGAUAGGGGACUGGCGGGGCCGGUCCACAGUGAGGAACAGUUACCUGUAUCUGACUGGGUCUUCCUGGAAGAACUUAGCUCACAGCCGUAGAGCCUCAAUGGGCAGUGGCUGCUGCUCUCCCCCCAGCCUGUCCAGCUUAGGGACCUGCUUCUCCUCCCACUACAAGGACUUGGCCAAACACAUCGUCAACACAUCAAUGGCUGAUGUAAUGGCUGCUUGUUCCGACAAUCUCCACAACCUCUUCAUCCGCCAGUCGACAGAUGGCUGGAAAUAUCAGGGAGAGGAGCAAGAGGUACAGCUUUACUACAAGGAAUUCUCUUCUACUCGACAUGGAUUCUUGGGUGCAGGUGUGGUGUCCCAGCCACUCUCUCAAGUAUGGGCAGCUGUGAGUGAUCCCACUUUGUGGCCUCUGUAUCACAAGCCUAUCCAGACAGCAAGGCUACAUCAGAGAGUGACCAACAGUAUCAGCCUGGUGUACUUGGUGUGCGAUACCACACUGUGUGCGCUGAAGCAGCUGCGAGAUUUCUGCUGUGUCUGCGUGGAAGCCAAAGAGGGGCACCUGUCAAUCAUGGCAGCUCAGUCUGUAUAUGAUGCAUCCAUGCCAAGACCUAGCAGAAAAAUGGUCCGAGGGGAGAUCCUGCCCAGUGCUUGGGUCCUGCAGCCUGUCAUCACAGAGGGGAAAGAAAUAACCAGAGUAAUCUUCCUUGUCCAGGUGGAACUGGGUGCACCAGGCUUCCCUCCCCAUCUUCUGAACUCCUUUAUCAAACAGCAGCCACUGGUUGUGGCCAAGCUGGCAUCUUUCCUUCGUAGUUAGUAUUGGGCCAUGGAGACAGCAAUGCUGAGAUGUAGGCCCAGGACACCUGAGACUCUACAGAUGCUUCUAGACCCUGAGGCAAGAAGAGCCCAGGCUGCCCGUGGUAGCCAACUAUAUAGAUGGCACCAGCCCAGGGUUGCCAGCAAAACUAGUACUUAGUACUUGGUUACCUCUGAAGAGCGAACAACCUGAAGCUCCUGGCCCUAGCUGUCCAAAGGAUGAAAUCAACUCGCCUUCAGGAUUUCUCACCUUUAUUUCCUGCCUCUGGGACGCAAUGGCACACCAAGUAUUCAAAGACCAGAAAAAGCACAGCCUGCAGAGCUGGAGACUGCAGUGCUUUGGCAAGGUGCCUCCUUGGCUGGCAGGCACUGGCCAAGGGUGCUCUAGAUCUGCCUCCAAAACUUUGCUCCAUUUUGUGAUGGAGUUUCAGACAGGACCACCAUACAGUUUAUAAAGAAUCAUCUGCACAAGCCAGAUCCAGAUUCUGGAUUUUCUCUCAGUGAACGUUUACAUUUUACUAUUCAUACUAUUUUCCCCCACUGUGUGUCACUGUGUAUCACUGGUACGGUCAGUCUACCUCUUAAGCUCAGUGCAAGGGGAGGCCACUGAAGAAAAAGACAGGAUAUGGGGCCUGAAGACUAAUAACAGGUAGGGACAGCUACAUGCUGCUUGCGAACAAGGGAAGAAAGAUUUCAAGCAGAUUGUCUUAGAGAGGAUUAAGUUUAGCACAGGUCUUGACCUUGUGCUAACACACCUCAAGUUUCCAAAUUCUGGGAUUAUAAACCUAUGACACCCAGCACCCACUUCUUUAUAUAUAGUAGGGUGUGGCGGCUCAUAGCUACAGCACUCUGUAGCAGAAGCAGCAGGACCAGAAGAUUAUCUUCAGAUGGCCAGCCUGUGAGACAUUAGACUCUGUCUUAAGCUCAAUAGUUAUUUUUGUUGCUUAACUGUUUUAAUAUAGUAUAGAAAAAGGGUUUGGAUCUUGGCCUAGUUGAACAGUUUGAAGAUUUUAACAUGGAAAUGGUAGGGAUAAGAAAUUCCCUUUAGCCAGGCAGUGGUGGCGCAGGCCUGUAAUCCCAGCACUCUGGGAGGCAGAGGCAGGCGGAUUUCUGAGUUCGAGGCCAGCCUGGUCUACAAAGUGAGUUCCAGGACAGCCAGGGCUACACAGAGAAACCCUGUCUCAAAAAAGCCAAAUCAAAAAAAAAAAAAAAAGAAAAGAAAAAGAAAACAAGAAAUUCCCUUUAUUUUUGUCACUUCAAAUCUUUGGUGGAAUUAGGUUUUCUUAGGAGUUAAGACUGGUUAAAGGGUAAAUUUCUUUGCAAGAUUUUUCUAUUCCUUUAGAGUAUUUAUAUACUACCAAUUGAAUGUUUUAAAUUUUGCUUUGAAUUUAUCUUUAUGGUAUUUUUUGGCAAUACUUGGUAAUGCAGUGUUACACACAUGCCUGCCGAUGUCCUCCCUGCCCCCUUGCUGUGUAUGUGUGGAAUCAGGUCCUUUGCCUGUGGCUUCAGCUUUCCGAAUCCUACGCUAAGGAUAGGCGCCGCUAUGCCCUGUUUCUACCUCUAUUCAUGUAAGUGCCUUACUGAGACCAUUAGCCAAAAAAAGUCAAAAUAUUACUCUUAAAAAAUAAAAAAAGCCAGGUAGUGGUGGGGCACACACUUUUAAUCCCAGCACUCAGGAGGCAGAGGCAGGCAGAUCUCUGAGUUUGAAGCCAACCUGGUCUACAGAGUGAGUUCCUAGGUAGCCAGGGCAACACGGAGAAACCUGCCUCAAAAAAAAAAAAAAAAUAGAAGGAACCGUUGAAGAUUAUGAUGGCAGUAUUCACAGUUCAGGGUUGAGAUUUUACAUUCAUGUGCUAGUAUUAUGAGCUCAGCCACUGCAGGAAUCUAAACAGGUAGACAGCAUAAGGAGAAGCCCCUUAUGAGGCCUGAGUCAGCAAUCUGAAGCAGCCAGUCAACUCUCUAUAGCUUCAUCUCCCACAUCUGUACAUUUAACCAUAGAUCAAAAGAUACUCAAGCAAAGUUUCUUGUCAUAAUUAUUUACAUAUAGUUACAUUAACUAAAUCAUCUCUGGAUAACAUAUUAAAGGAUACAGGAUGGGAAAAAUGGAAAAUCCAAGAUUAUAUUUAUAAAAGGAUAGAUGUAGUUAUAACACUAUGCCAUUAUAUAUUAAGAUGGUUGACCAUCAUGUAUUUCCAUAUUUGUGGGCCUGCAGUGAUCCUAUGACAAAAGACAAGAUAAAUCAGGCUCUGGAAAGCAUGGGAAUCAACCAAGGCUGGGUCUGUUCCUCUGUAGAAAGUCCCAGGUGCCUCAAGGCCCCUGGUCCACAGGACACACAAUACAAAUACCACUAACUAUAACCCAGAAGGCUGCUUUUAGUAAGAAGUUCUGAGGUAAAUCAGCCAUUCCAGUUCCUAUAAUACAAAUAUCACCAAAAAAAAAAAAAAAAAAAAAAAAAAAAAAAAAAAAGUACUUGAGCUGGGAGGUGGUGGUACAUGCCUUUAAUCCCAGCACUCUGCCUCCGAGUUCGAGGCCAGCCUGGUCUACAAAGUGAGUUCUAGGCUACACAGAGAAAUCCUGUCAUGAAAAACAAAGAAAAAAAAUCCUGGUACAGAAAGGAGAAUAAAUAGUUCUCUACUUGA